AUGAGUGUGGAGGUCAAGACGCCAAUCUUCUCGCAGGGAGAGGAUUGCAAACCCGACUGGAGACUUGCUAACGCCGAGUACGAUGAAUCCGACUCCCACUUGCAGAUCCUGGGGAAACCAGUCAUGGAGCGCUGGGAGACCCCAUUCAUGCAUUCCCUGGCAACUGUUGCAGCCUCGAAAGGAGGACGAGUUCUGGAGAUCGGGUUUGGAAUGGCAAUUGCUGCCACUAAGAUUGAGUCGUUAAAUAUUGAGGAGCACUGGAUAAUUGAAUGCAACGACGGUGUGUUUAAAAGGUUGCAGGAGUGGGCGAAGGGGCAACCCCACAAGAUUAUUCCUCUCAAAGGACUCUGGGAGGAUGUAGUCUCAACAUUACCAGAUUCACAUUUUGAUGGAAUUCUUUAUGAUACAUAUCCUCUGUCAGAAGAAACCUGGCACAUACAUCAGUUUGCUUUUAUAAAGGAUCAUGCUUUGCGUUUGUUGAAGCCUGGCGGCGUUCUUACAUAUUGUAACCUUACCUCCUGGGGCGAGCUAUUGAAGGGAAAGUACAAUGACAUUGAGAAAAUGUUCCAGGAGACCCAAGUACCUCAUCUGGUGGAGGCUGGCUUCAAAGAGGAGAACAUUAAGACCACUGUGAUGGACAUCAUCCCCCCUAAAGACUGCAGAUACUACUCUUUUCAUAAGAUGAUCACACCCAGCAUAACCAAACACUAACCAGCCAAUCCUUACUAGCUCUGCUAUGAGGAACACUCAUUUCUCAUUGGGAUUCAGUAUGGUCUUAAAAGACAGCUGUUAAUUAGUAAUGUCAUACCAUAUUCAGCAUAGUUUUCUUUAGAAUAUGAUGAGAAAUGGUGAACACAAGUUGACAUGAAUGCAAUGAAACUAGAGCGUUGGUGUCCAUCAGCUUUUGUACAGUAGCUAUCCCUAUUUCAAAGUGUGCAUUCCCACAUUUGCCUUUCAGUCUUAACCUUGCCCUCAAUGGAUGUCUUACUUUUUUGUUUGAAGCAUUUUUUAUAGGGACAAUUGCAGAAUGGCCCUGGACCACUUGAGGUUACAGAUACAGUAACCUGGAAAGGCUGUCCUCUCUUUAGGAUACCUGCUCUGACUUCAGAAUUCAUAAUUGCAUCAGUUGUAAGUAUAAAGUGGAGAAUAACUACACCCCAAGAAAAUAUUUAUUUCUAACUUGAGUGGAAGGAACCUCUUUCACAGUUAGUUUCACAAUAAACAGUUUUGAACACAAAAUUAAGAAGCUACUAUUGCUAAUUUUGGGAGAAACCACAUAUUACUUCCAGAUGGCAGUAUUGGGCACAAUGUUGCAAGACUUUGUACUGAGGGAAAGCUGGAAUAAAAUCCUAAUCAAAUAAUAUUGUGGCAUCACCUUACAUGUAUUUAAGGUGUUCCCUAAGUAUCUUAUCUCCAUUAUUUCUCAAUGCAACUGACCAGAAAUAUCUUCCCAGGCCAUUCUUGCUGCUAGCUUUAGUCAGGAAAGCAUUCACAGCACAUGAUGUUCUCACUGCCACUGUUACUUUCUGUAACAAUGGAUUUUUUGCUAAUUCUCAAAAGGUGGGAAAGCAGUGCCAUGUCCCAGAUCUAGAUAAAGAAAGUUUUAAUACACCAGCAAGGUUAUCGGGAAACUAUUUCAUCGGUAUCAGUU